GUCCAGGUCGAUGUCAUCACUUGAAAGCAAAGCUUUGUUUACAAAUACUGUCAGAAUUGAGACGAUCCUGAAAAAAAAUAUAUAAUCGUAAUUAGUGUAACAAGGAAAUUAUUGUGAAUAGAAUACAACUCAGUUAUAAUGAAAGUAAGAUACGAGAGAAUUAAUUUUUGGUAAAUGAGUAGGCUGAUUGAAAAUAUAAAUUGUUUAAAAUUAUUUCUGAUAGUGGAAAGCAAAGAAUUAAAUACAUAACCCUAACUGACCAGUAAGUUGUGACAACAGCUGCAAUAUUAAUAUACUGAGACAGUAGACCCGGAUCUACUGACAUUUUGAACACGAAUAGUAAACUAACGAUGGAUUACAUGUGGACUACAUCCACGGUAAUAAGUGAUAAGGUAUUCAUGUGGCAUUUCUACAGAAAUAACAUACCACAAAUACCACUAGAGACCCCUGAGCCCACGAUUCAACGAUAAAUCACGCAAGUUUCACGCAGGCCAAUAACAUGCUCGCAAAGUCCCAUCUAUUUGUUUUAUUAUUGCAUUUUUUAAAUAAUCUGCCGAUUGUUAUGAGAUCAUUGAGAGUCCUUAAUGAUUUAUUCUACAUUUACUUUUGAUUUACUGUUGAACAGUGAGUCAUAUUAUACUGGUAGUUUUGGGCUUGUGAAUAUUUCGUUCAAAUGGGUAUUUAAAGUUUAAAACCCCGGUGUCCUGAAGCACGUGUGUGCCUAUAACCCCCUUGUCAAUUUGUGACGUUUGAAUGUGAAUCCCCUCGGACAAGAGUAAACAGAAGAAAUGUCGAUUAAACUAGAAGACAGAAUUCAAAAAUAUUGCCACGUUCUUUCCCAGGAAUCUAAAGAAUUAUAUUUGACGGACCAUAUUUCUGAGGUGGAAGAUUCUAUAUCUCCAUUGGCUUUUUAUAGAGAAUAUGUAUCAAAGAACCUUCCAUUGGUUAUCAGAGGUGGAACAAAACAUUGGCCAGCUGUAAACAAAUGGAAUACAUCUUACUUUCGUCGAAAACUUGGUGAUAAAAUUGUAACAGUUGCUGUCACUCCUAAUGGCUAUGCAGAUGCCAUUGCAGCAAAGGCAUCCAAAGAUGGUGCCACUUUUGAAAACUAUUUUGUCAUGCCAGAGGAACGACUUAUUCCGAUGUCAACGUUUUUGAAUACAUUGGAAAACUCCGAAGAACAAAAUGUUCAUUACAUCCAAAAGCAAGACUCUAAUUUCAUAAAAGACUUCACAGAAUUAUGGGCAGAUGCCGAAUUAGAUGUACCGUGGGCUACUGAGGCUUUUGGAAAAUAUCCAGAUGCGGUUAACAUAUGGAUGGGAGAUCAAAGAGCUGUUACAUCCAUGCAUAAGGAUCCGUACGAGAACAUAUACUGCGUAAUAUCUGGUGAGAAGGAAUUUCUUUUGCAUCCACCAACAGAUCUCCCAUGGAUUCCUUAUAAAAAUUAUCCCUCUGCGAAUUAUCGAGAAGUUCAACCUGGUCGAUGGUUGAUUGAACCGAUUGGUACGGUAUUGCCUACAAAUAAAGAAAUUGUAGAGGAUGGAAGCGAUUGUCCAUUACAAUCUAAUGUUGUACCUUGGGUAUCUAUCGAUCCCUUGAAUCCAGAUUAUGCGAGAUAUCCUGGGUAUAAAAAUGUGACAACACUUCGGGUGACAGUUCGCAAAGGUGAUUUGCUUUAUCUACCUUCUUUAUGGUUUCAUCAUGUGAGACAAAGCCAUGCUUGUAUUGCCUUGAAUUAUUGGUACGAUAUGGAGUAUGACAUAAAAUAUGCAUACUUUAAAGCUUUGAAGGUCUUAUGUCAAUAGAGAAAAGUGAGAGUAUGAUUGCAUCAUAUGUAAUCAACGUUGUAUGAAUCUAAGAUGCGAGAUCUUGAUUUCAAGAGUGCAGUCUGUACAUAUUUGCAUAAAACUCUAAAAAUAAAGUGUGCAUGAAAUAGA